AUGACCGCGCCUCACAAGAUCUCCAAUGCCGCCUGGCAGAAGCAUAAGCAGACCAUCUGUCGCCUCUAUGUCGACCAAAACAUGCCCAUGAACCGACUGAUAGAGGAAAUGUCCAGGGAUCAUGGCUUCAGUGCAAGCAAGUCUCAAUACAUGAGGCAGUUCGAAGCCUGGGGCAUCCGGAAGAACCAGAAGCGUGACUUCUGGAAAGACAUCAGCUUGACACUAAAGCGCAGGCGCCUCACCAUUGACGAAGUGGACGUCUUCUUGAAAGGCGAACUUAUCCCGGACAAAAAGCUGAGGAGGCAGCUUUCUCGAUGCGACCUUCCCACGUUGAUACAAACUGUGGCGAGACCCCCAACGCCAGACGGGAUAUUCAUCCGCCCGAGAAUCCAGAUACCGCGAUCUCUCAUCAUCUCGUUGCCGUGGCACCAGAUAUGCACUCAGCUCGAAAUGGCCAUGUCGGGUUUGUCCAGGAAAACGGACCGUUCUCCGUCGCCAUUACCAUCUGCUGUCUUGGAUGUCACUGACGGGAUGCCUGGAUUGGGCUACGGGGAAGACUGGCAAGAGAUAUUUCUCCGUUGUCCAUUCCAAACCGAGGUGAUUCAAAAUUAUCAUCCGACUCUUGAGUUUCUCGAAGAUCGCACGAUACGGAAGACUUCCAGAGACGGUGAUGUCGUUAAUGCAACCAUUGCUAGCCUGUUAGAUAUAACGCCGGGGUGGACUAGCCAGGAAGUUCUCGCAAAUACCAUGGUUUGGAUUGCACCAUAUAUCCCCGAACAAUAUCCCGGAGAGACCGAAAGCGUCGUCAAUCAACUAAUCAGCCCCCACUCGAUAACGAGGAUGCAAGUUCUCACGUCAUUUAUGGCGCUCAUGUUAGCCAACCACCUUCUGGACUGGGAACAAGUUGACGCUUUCGUGAUUGGUCUGAACGAAAUGGCCGGGCUUAAUGCUUUCGAUAUGCUCCCUUUGAGAGAAGACCCCAGCACUCGCGCCAUCGUGACAGAACUUCUGUUUGCGGCGGUGAGGAUGGACCUGCUGAGUUUGGUGAAGAGCGCUGUGAAGAACAGGGUGGAUGCGAAUCGCAGGUCUACCGGCUACAACCCGAAGACUUUGAUUCUGGAAGCGGUGCAGCGUGGGAGAGUUCGAAUCGUUGAAUUACUCAUCGAUGCUGGCGCAGACAUAACCGUGAGGAGAAUGAAUGGCCGAAAUCUACAUGACGAAGUUUGUCCAUUAUACGAGGAUUCGGCUGAGUGCACUACUUCAGAGUCCUCCCAAUCUCCCAGGUUUUAUUGCAACGCUGAGUUUUGGUGGGCGAGGAACGAAUGUGCCAUUAGCGCUGCUGCCUUUUCCCGUACUGCUGACGAAAUCGUUCCCCUACUACUAAAGUCACAAGUAUCAACACCGGUGGUACUGGCUGGUCCAGUGAUUACACAGGCGAUAUGUUGCGGUGCUAGCAAGGAAACGGUUGAGAUGCUCCUCCGACACGGUGCGUCAGUGGACGAAUGUUGCGGAUUUUUACCUGAAUACUUGACUCGCCUCGACCCUGCGAGGCGGUCAACCCCUCUUUGCGCAGCAAUAUGUUCUCGUGAUGUCGAAAUGGUCAGACUCCUUCUCGACAAAGGCGCAAAUCCAAAUGGUUCACUAACACGCGGACACGGGGGAAUCAUGGAAGCCUGGACCAGCUACUUUUACAAGUCGCCUCUCGUCGUUGCUGUCGAGUGUGCGGGUCUGAACAUGGUCAAAUUACUGGUUGAAUAUGGCGCAGAUCCAAAUUGGUCGGCAUUGGGCAUCCUCGAAACAGCUAAAAGGAAACAACUUAUUGAAGAGUCUGAGUUUUGGAGAUUCGAUUCUAUCGAUGAGGACUGUCAAAUUCUCAUCGCCUUCCCAAUACAAGCCGCAGCAGGCCUUGACGAUCCAGAGAUGACGAAAUAUCUCUUGAGCAAGGGGGCAACAGCGAAUCCAGUAUAUGGCACGCCUCCUUUGUCGAUCGCAGCAUGCCAUGGGAGAGAUGCUACUGUCGACUUAUUGAUCAGGCGGGGUGCAAUGAUCAACCCAGCAGGGGUGGAAGAAAGCGGCCUAUCGCCUCUUGAGGCCGCAGUGUGUUCAGGAAGCGAGAAAUUGGUGCAGCGGAUGAUUUCUGCUGGGGCAGACCUGGAUUGGUGUUCAAUGGGAAGAUGGGGAGGCACAGCACUUCAACAAGCCGCCGAACGAGGAUUUGGUGCCAUAUUUGACCUGCUGCAAAGGGCGGGUGCAAAGCUUGACUGUUCCUCUGUUCCAAAUCACGCCACGAUGAUUCUUCAAGGGUUCGUCAAACAUCACGACUAUGAGCGGACACUUAGGUUGUUGCAUGACGGAGUGUCUCCGAACGCAAAGUGCAGGGAUGGCUCCUCGCCCUUGACAGCAGCGAUUUUGAGUCAAGAUUUGGCGCUCAUGUCUCUCUUGCUUGAAUGGGGCGCAGAUGCCAACGAUGCAUGUCCAAUGCCCGCACUGGACGAGAAGCUAAAAUUCCCGUAUCUUGUCUUUGAUAUCGAUGAAAUGCUAGCGACGUGCUCAUUACCUCCUCUGCAUUGGGCAGUUGCUGUGGGCAACCUGGAUGCCGUAACCUGCCUGUGCAAUGCCAGAGCUGAUCUGAACAAACCUGACAUUUCUAAGAACCAGCCUUGGGGGACUCGCAGUAUGACUGCUCUGCAUGUGGCUGUUGCAUUGAAACGCAAAGACAUUGUCGAAUAUUUAUUGGCUACAGGGGCUGAUGUCAACUCCAUCAUGCGCAGAGACAUCUACUGCAGCAGUGAACCUGAUGACCCGCAAAGAUUAUCGCCGAUAAUUAUUUCGGUCGCAAACUCAGACCUUGAAAUCACGAACAUGCUGCUUCGUAAUAGGGCGGAUCCAUAUCUGGGCCAACUUGGUAACAGCGAGCUCCAGGCCGGACGGCCGCAACGGGGUGACUUGUUUGCUCUUGAGGCAGCAUGUUACAGCGGAGAUAUCCAGAUGGCCCGCCUUCUGAUAUCGUUUCGAGUCGAUGUCUACAUCGGAUAUCCUUUGGUUUACACUUUUUAG